CCCCGCUCACUCACUCGCGGCGCACCACCGCGACCGUACCACUUCUCUUGCGUUCGGCAUCAGGCGACGACAAACUCAUCUGCAUAUCUCACGGCUGGGACGUUUCAUUUUCUCUGGCGCGAUCAAGCUUAUUGCCUAACUUCAGUCACGAAACCAUGGACCACUAUCCGGAGGUCAAACGAUCAUUUCUUGACACAAGAGUUUUAUCUUCCCCGCUUGAUCAGGAGUCAGAGAGUGAGUCUAGUCAGGUCUCCGGCUCCGACACGCCCUCUCCAUCGAUUAGAACUUCUGCCCGAUUCCCUUCGGCCACUCCUCCGCAUGAGGAGAAUGGGAGCUCGGAAAGGUCCUCAGGUGUUGAACCCGAGAGUAGUAAGGGGUGGUAUGAAUUUGACCUUUCGGUCAUACUUGCGCUAGUUUCGCCCAUCGGAAAUUGGUUGACAGGAGGAGAUCACGUCAAGAAUUUCCUUCUCAUACUUCUCUUGAUAUUCUAUUUGCACCAAAUUAUCGAAGUACCGUGGAGCCUCUAUCAUCUCUCGAGACCCAGACGUCGUUCCCCUGAUGUCCCACCCCGUCAAACGUCUGAGCAAGAUCCAUAUCAUGAAGUUGCUUCAUCAGAGUUACGCAAGCUCGAAUUUUUCUACCUGUUCCUCACUGUAUUAUCGCCGUUAAUCGGAGUCGUAAUCCUUCGUAUCGUCAUCAUAUCUGUGGCCGGUCCGGAGACUAUAUCAUGGUUCAGUACCUCCCUCUUCAUUCUCGCCACCGGUAUUCGACCUUGGAAACACGCGGUAGAACGUCUCCAUCAACGCACACAAGAUUUACAUACUGUCGUUCAUUACCCUCCAGCCAGCUCACCAGACACGCACUCGCAGAUUGAAACUCAGCUGAAUAAAUGCAAUGACACCGUGAAAGUUCUCACUGAAGACGUUUUUGACCACGUGGAGGGAGCCGUCGAGGGGAUAGAGAAAUCCUUACGGAAACAGGAGAGGAAGAAUGAUGCUAACAUGCAAGCCUUACUGGAAAGGAAGGAGAUUUCAGUGCACGGUUCGGCUUUAUCUUAUAAUCUUGCUUCUGCAUUCCACACAACCUUGGUUGAACCACUUGGACUUGUCUUUCCUGAGUGGGCACGCAGCUCUCGCCGAGACAAACACCCACCAUCUCCUCGUCCUUCCCCAAAAAUCGGUCGUUCCCGUACUGCCACUAAGCUUGAGACGAUACCAGAAGGCGCCACUUUCACACCCAAGGGAGCUCCAUACCGCUUUCCCUACCUCCGUAUUCCUGGUUUAAAAUUCGCCCUGCGCAUCGUGGGGUAUCUUCUCAUGGGACGCAUCUAUGCGCCCAACGCGCCCAAUUCCUCUCUUUAAACAGUGUUACCGCUCAAGCUUCAAGGUUCAUUUCUCACGACCAUUGUUCUAUUAGCAUUGCAUAGGACUUGUUCCCACGUCUCCUCGCAUUUUAUCCCCGCAUUGGCAUGCCGAUGAUGAUCCGUUUUGCCUCAUAAUUAUUAUAGUAUCCAGGAAUAACCGUAUUGUACGCUCGUGCGUCGAAUUUUGUAUCAAUAUUCCAUUGUAAGCAGACUUUUGUCGUAUCUCCCAUGAAGUUUAGGCUGCUCU